GAGUUCCUGCAUUAUCCUGCUCAGACUGAGUGGCACCGGAAGGAGGGCCUCUGCCGCAAAGUCAUCCACUAUUUCAACAAGGGAAAGUGUUGGGAAUUUGGCAUUCCUCUGUGCAGAGAACUGGCCUUCCAGUAUGAAUCUCUCUACGACUACCAGAGUCUCAGCUGGAUACGGAAAAUGGAGGCAGCAUAUUAUGACAAUAUCAUGGAGCAGCAGCGUCUGGAGCCGGAGUUCUUCAGGGUGGGAUUCUACGGCAGGAAGUUUCCUUUCUUCCUCAGAAACAAAGAGUUUGUCUGCCGGGGCCAUGACUAUGAAAGGUUAGAAGCCUUCCAACAAAGGAUGCUGGGAGAAUUCCCACAAGCCAUUGCAAUGCAGCACCCGAAUCAGCCAGAUGAGGCCAUUCUGCAGUGUGAUGCACAGUACCUCCAGAUUUACGCCGUGACACCUACACCGUUUCCAGAAAGCGUCACCGUCCUUCAGAUGGACAGAGUUCCAGACCGCAUCAAGAGCUUCUAUCGAGUGAACAACGUUCGGCGAUUUCGUUACGACCGGCCGUUCCACAAAGGACCCAAAGACAGAGAGAAUGAGUUUAAGAGUCUCUGGAUAGAAAGGACGACUCUGAUCCUCACCCAUCCUCUGCCUGGAAUUUCACGCUGGUUUGAGGUAGAAAAGAGGGAACUGGUGGAGGUGAGUCCAUUGGAAAACGCCAUCUCUGUGGUGGAAAAUAAGAACCAGGAGCUGCGGACUCUGAUCAGUCAGUACCAACACAAGCAGCUGCACGGGAACAUCAACCUGCUCAGCAUGACGCUGAAUGGAGUCAUCGACGCCGCCGUGAACGGGGGCAUCGCCAGAUACCAGGAGGCUUUCUUUGAUAAGGAGUACAUCACUAGUCACCCUGAAGACACAGAGAAGAUCACGCAGCUCAAAGAUCUCAUGCAGGAGCAGGUUCAUAUCUUAGGGGUGGGCUUGGCUGUGCACGAGAAGUUGGUGCACCCAGAAAUGCGUCCCCUGCACAAGAAGCUGAUCGAUCAGUUCCAGAUGAUGAGGAGCAGCCUCUGCCAUGGUCCACCUGGUUUUGAUAAGUCUGGCUCAGGAAUCAACAGAGGGAUCCUGGCCUCUCACAACCCGAUGAGUCCUGAGGGCUUCAAGCUCAUGCACCGACACAGUCCCAUUGCUGUUUUGACUCCAGUGCGCAUUUCCUCCCCUUCUCUUUCCUCUAACUCCAGUGAAGCAGGAAAUCUGCUGAUCCUGGCGGAUGGCAUGGUGGUGGAGCACCCAGAGGACUUCUAUCGUAUGCAGGCGAGCCCCUCCUCUUCAAGUCUUAGCUCCACCCACUCUGCGCCUCCUCAGAUGAUAAACUCCACCCCUUCCACAUUAAGAGUGGGCUCCCCUUCUCUGCCAGACAAGUACAGACACAAUAGAGAAAUGCUGAUGCUGCUGCCGCCCCACAGGGAGAGGCCGAGCAGUGCAAUGUACUCCAACAUCACAGAGAAUGGACAGCCACCAAACUUUCAGAGAGCCUUGUUUCAUCAGGUGAUCGGUCCCUGUAAGCCCUGCAGUGACCCCAACCUCUCUGUGGCUGAGAAAGUCCUCACCACUCCCAGCAGCUGGAGUUUGGACAGCGGCACCAGGGAGGCCCUGCCUUUCCUUUCUUCCCAUGUUGGCAGCGUUAUGGCUCCACCGGUUCCACCGCGGAACGUGCCUCAUGGGCAGCACCUGUCGAUGCACUUUGACGCUUUCCACCACCAGGUCAGCGACCUCCCUCCAGCUCUCCCUGCGCGCUCCUUAAGAAAGUCUCCCCUGCACCCUAUACCUGCCUCGCCCACCAGUCCGCAGUCCGUCCUGGAUGGCAGUAACUCCACACUCUCAGGCAGUGCCAGCUCUGGGGUUUCCUCCCUCAGUGAGAGCAACUUUGGCGGUGCAACCUCCUCCUCAGACCCCGCGGCCAGCCGCACAGACACCCUGGAGUCCGUCCCGAGCAGCCAGGCCUGGACCACCGACCAGGAAGACUUGGACUCUCCUUAUCAGCCCGUCAGGUACAGCAUGUCUGAGCCAGACGUCCUGGAGGGAGUUAAAUCCCCGCCUUGCCGCAGCAACUCUGCCCCAGGAGGAGUGAACCCGCCCCAGGUCAUCUAUCAGAUCCAGUCUCAGGCUCCAGGUUUGGGCUUCACCGGACCUCAGUCCCAACAGCCGGAUGGACUGCAACAGCAACAACACCCGUUUUACCACCACCACUUCCACCCACACUACAUUCCCCACAAUCCACCUCUCUAUCAUCUCCAUGAGCCCCCUCCUGCCGUACCCCCUAAACCCUACCUCAGAGAGGGCUGCAUCCCUGAGGAGGACCACCUGAUCACACAGUCUGGACCAUCGCGCCCUCCUGUACCUCGACCAAUGCCGCGCAAGAUCUCCCAGCCCUUAAUCGCAGCAACCAAGGACGAACAAGCUAAGGUGGCGUGGGAGCACGGCAUCAGUGAGGAGUGAGGUCAGCCAGUGGAUCGGAUUAAUGAAAUUGAAGCUCCUUGUUGAACAUAAACAUGAGAGCAGGAGCCAAACUGCAUCUGAAACAUUCAGAUUUCCCUCAGAGGUCCUUCAGGAACCACUGAUGGUUCAACUGAUCUGCUUUCUCUCAGACUCUCUCCUCUGCGAGCCGGUGAAAUGUUCUCAGCAUCCAAACAUUUUAUUUUCAUCUCACUGCAUCACUGUAUAGACUGAUUAUAGCUUUCAUUCUACAUCCUUCAGGAUAAAAAUAAGGUCACGUUUCCAAAUGCUGCCGCUUCCUAAAACCCCACAGAUCUCAUGCUAUUUAUUUUGAUUUCAUUUACAAGCAUAGUAUCCUACUGACAUGAAAUUUAACUUCAAAUUUGCACAGGAAUUAUAUUUUCUUUAUACACUGAGAAGGGUAUAUGAAUGGCACUUUAUUAAAGGAACAGAGCACCAUAAGAUUUAAGAGGAAUUUUUCUUCCUAUAUAUUAAUAAAAAGAGCAAACUGAUCAAGCAAACAGUUUUGCUGAGAACCAGAUGAAAACUCAAAAUAUGAUAUUUUUUUUUUUAGAAGCUUAGAAAAGCCAGCCCUAUAACAAAAUGAAUCAAUAAUCUUGCACAUUUAAUCACAAUGACAACCUUGAUGGAACUGAGAAGUAUUUUUUUCAGUGAUAUGUGUGUAAACAGUAUAUAACGUAAAAAAAUGUCUAAUUUAUAUUUAACGUUUAUACUUUUGGUUGAAAGUGAAGUUGGUGUAGAAAUAUGCAAGAUGUUGGCUUUCUGAGUUCAAAGUGGCUGCUUGAUAAACGUGCACUUGUUUGAAAGGUGGCAAAGAGCCUCACAAACACAAAGACUUUAAAUUUAAAGUUGUAAAACCCAUUUUACUGAAAGCUGUGAAGAUGCAGUGGAUUUGUUUUGUUUUAGCUGAUGAUGGUUCUGUGGUUGAACCUGUAAAUAAACAUAGUUUCAUGUGCAGGGACAUUUAUAAAUAAUAUUAGCUACAAUAAAUACACACUUUGUAAUUUUUAUGAAAGUAAUGACUGAAUCUUGUUUUAAAAUCAGGGUAAUGUUUGUAUGCAUGUUUGUUUUGUGGAAUCUGACACUCAAACAGAGACUGUGAGCGGUCCCCAGAGGACAAUACCUGAAAAGCACGGCAAAAAUACUGUCCACUGAUGUUCUUGUAGCUUAUAAAAUGCAACCAUUAAAUCUGAGGUUUGUUUCUGCUGAUAAAUGAAUGCAUUUGUUUAUAUUUUCUUUUUUGUUGACAUUUGUUAAAGUAACAGCAGUGACCUGAGUUGAAUCAAACAUGAUGAUACUAUUUUCACUUUCACUUAAUGCCACAAUCUGACUACUGUAAAUAGUUAAUUUUAACACAGUUGUUCUGAACAAUUGUCCUGUACUUUAAGUUUUGAGGUGUAAGUUAAAGACUUUAGUCUUGGAGACAGAUCACCAUGUUGACAGAUGUUAGGGGCUCUAGCAUCAGUUUUUAAAAUGUCCUGCUUCUGUUGCUGCUACAUAUGUACAUGUUUUCCUCCAUAUUGCGUUUACUGACUCUAACCCAAUGAAUUACAUUCAUCAUCAUGAUCAGUUUCACUGGGAUGUGUGUUAUCUUUUUUUUCCACUUGCAGACAAAAAUAUAUUAAAAGUUCUGGAUUCCAUGAA